AUGAUGGAGUGGGAGGUGGACAUGGUCUUCCCAGGUGACUCACCUUUGCAGAAGAGUUUGGACAGCUUGGCGGAGAGCAUGUUCGACGAGACUUUGAAGAAACUCACCCUCUCCGUGCGCUUUCCCGUGGAAUAUCCUUUGAGCCCCCCAGAGGUGUGGCUCAGGCGUCCACGACUGCAACAUUCACCGGAUGCAGGUGCGGUGACCUUCGGUGGUCGCGUUUGCAACAGCUCGGGCCAAGUUUCGCUGUAA